AUGGUGAGGCAAAUCAUCUCUAUACACACAGGACAGGCGGGCCUCCGCAGCGGCGCCGCUUUUUGGGAUUUGCUGCUGGCAGAACAGGGUCUUUCUUACGAGGGUUUGCCCUUUGACUCCACAAUAGGGGCCCCCUGGGGGGCCCCCGGGGGGGCCCCCUGGGGUACCCCCGGGGGGGCCCCAUGGGGGGCCCCCGGGGGGCCGCCCUGCGGCGCCGUAAAGGGGUGCCCCCUGGGGUCCCCCGCAGGAUCACCCCUGGGGUCUCCCCUGGGGGCCCCCUUGGGGGGCCCCCUAGGGGCCCCCCUGGGGCCCCUCAUGCUGGAGCAGGGGCCCCCAGGGACCCCAAGCUGGGGGCCCCUGGGGCCCCUGGGGGCGACAGCCCAGGCAGCAGAAGACUGUUUUUUCACUGAGACAGAAGCAGGAAGAAGAGUUCCCCGGUGCGCAAUGCUGGACCUGGACUUGGAGAGUCGGGACGAGAUUUUGAAAAGUCCUUUGGGUCGAACUUUUUCUCCUUUUUCUUUUUUUUCCGGAAAAGAAAAUGCAAGUUCUCUUUUUCCCAGAGGCCGCGCGCUGGGAUCGGCCGAUCCCACGCGAUCCCUCUUCCAAGACCUCCUCCGGCAGCAGCUCGAGGCCACAGACAAGCCCGGCGCUAGCUGCGUAGAGCCCUACAACGCCCUUCUCGCCCUCACCGGCGUUUUAGACAGAGGGGGGGGGGCCCUUUUAAUGGACAACUCCGCCCUCGCGGCUCUCUUUUCUAGAGCUACUUCUCGCUACCCUUUCACUCAAGACCUCAACAACAUUAUAGCCCAGGCCCUCUCCAGCGUUACUCUUUCUCUGCGAUUUCCUUCUGCUGCUACUUGCUGCUUGGGUUCGCUGCUGAGCAAUUCGGUGCCGCUGCCAUCUUUGGCGCUGCUGUCAGCUUCUUACUUUCCGUUGGCAGCAAAAGAGCUGCUGCCUUUUCUCAAAACUUCCACCAAAGACACAACUUUAGAAGUUUUCAAACAAAGACAGUUUCUCUUCUCCGCGCCCUACACCCGCGGCAUGUUCCUCACCGCCAACCUCUUCUACAGGUAG